UCGGAGCGCGGAGCGGGACCCGGGGCGGGAGGAGCAGCCGCCGCCCCCGCGCCGCCCGGCCCGCCCGCCCCGCCGCCUUCCCCCUCCCGCGCCUCCCCCCCGGGCUGCUCAGAGCAUCCCUCCGCCCCUCUUGCAUUUGUGUUAAUUCUUCUCAGAGACAAGAUGGCAACGCCGGCGGCGGUAAACCCUCCCGAAAUGGCAUCAGAUAUUCCUGGCUCGGUGACCUUGCCAGUGGCUCCAAUGGCAAGUGGACAAGUGAGGAUGGCAGGAUCCAUGCCUUCCAGAGGGGGAAAGCGUCGCUCUGGAAUGGACUUCGAUGAUGAAGAUGGGGAGGGGCCCAGCAAAUUUUCAAGGUAUGAUGGUGAUCAAAUCUCUGGUGAUAAGGAAAAGUUUGCAAGGGAGAAUCAUAGUGAAAUCGAGAGGCGCAGGAGAAAUAAGAUGACCCAGUACAUCACCGAGCUGUCUGAUAUGGUGCCCACCUGUAGCGCCUUGGCUCGUAAGCCCGACAAGCUGACAAUUCUUCGGAUGGCUGUUUCACACAUGAAAUCAAUGAGGGGCACUGGAAACAAAUCUACGGAUGGAGCUUACAAGCCUUCAUUUCUUACAGAACAGGAACUGAAACAUCUUAUCCUGGAGGCUGCAGAUGGGUUCCUGUUUGUAGUUGCAGCUGAGACGGGGAGAGUGAUCUACGUAUCAGAUUCUGUGACUCCUGUGCUGAACCAGCCUCAGUCUGAGUGGUUUGGCAGCACUUUGUAUGAGCAGGUUCACCCAGACGACGUGGAAAAGCUGCGAGAGCAACUGUGCACAUCCGAAAACUCAAUGACAGGACGAAUCCUGGACUUGAAGACUGGAACAGUAAAGAAAGAGGGUCAGCAGUCCUCAAUGAGAAUGUGCAUGGGAUCCAGGCGCUCUUUCAUUUGCAGGAUGAGGUGUGGAAAUGCUCCUCUGGAUCAUUUACCUCUGAACAGAAUAACAACCAUGAGAAAAAGAUACAGGAAUGGCCUUGGCCCAGUGAAGGAAGGAGAAGCACAGUAUGCUGUUGUCCAUUGCACUGGCUAUAUCAAGGCGUGGCCACCAGCAGGAAUGACUAUACCAGAGGAAGAUGCUGAUGUUGGACAAGGUAGUAAAUAUUGCCUUGUGGCAAUAGGAAGGCUUCAGGUAACCAGCUCUCCAGUGUGCAUGGACAUGAAUGGUAUGUCAGUCCCCACUGAGUUCUUGUCUAGGCACAACUCUGACGGAGUCAUCACCUUUGUCGACCCAAGGUGCAUCAGCGUCAUUGGCUACCAGCCCCAGGAUCUUCUGGGGAAAGAUAUUCUAGAAUUCUGCCAUCCUGAAGAUCAAAGCCAUUUGCGAGAGAGUUUCCAACAGGUGGUGAAACUGAAAGGUCAGGUCCUGUCUGUGAUGUAUCGUUUUCGCACCAAAAACCGGGAGUGGAUGCUGAUCAGAACCAGCAGCUUCACGUUUCAGAAUCCUUAUUCUGAUGAGAUUGAAUACAUCAUCUGCACCAACACUAACGUAAAACAACUUCAGCAACAGCAAGCGGAACUUGAAGUACAUCAAAGAGAUGGGCUGUCAUCCUAUGACUUAUCUCAGGUGCCUGUUCCAAGUAUACCACCUAAUGUUCAUGAGGGUGGAAAGUCUGUGGAAAAGCCUGAUGCUAUCUUCUCCCAAGAGAGAGAUCCUAGAUUUGCUGAGAUGUUUGCUGGAAUAACUACUUCAGAUAAAAAAAUGAUGGCCUCGGCAUCCACAGCAGGAAACCAGCAACUUUACUCACAGGGAAGCCCAUUUCAGCCAGGACACUCGGGAAAGACUUUCAGUUCAUCUGUGGUACAUGUACCUGGUGUGAACGACAUCCAGUCUUCCUCAUCAACAGGCCAGAACCUGACACAGAUAUCUCGCCAGCUCAACCAGAGUCAGGUGGCCUGGACAGGAAACCGGCCACCAUUCCCAGGACAGCAAAUUCCGUCUCAGUCUGGCAAGGCUCAGUCCUCUCCCUUUGGGAUUGGAACAAGUCACACCUACCCAGCUGAUCCAUCGUCAUACAGCCCCCUUUCCAGCCCAGCCACCUCUUCUCCAAGUGGGAAUGCCUACUCCAGCUUGGCAAACCGAAGUGCAGGGUUUGCUGAAGGUGGUCAGAGCAGCGGCCAGUUCCAGGGGAGACCUUCCGAAGUGUGGUCGCAGUGGCAGAGCCAACACCACAACCAGCAGAGCAGCGACCAGCACUCGCACCCGCAGCCCAGUCAGACCGAGGUGUUCCAGGACAUGCUGCCGAUGCCGGGGGAUCCGACGCAGGGCACUGGCAAUUACAACAUUGAAGAUUUUGCUGACCUGGGCAUGUUUCCACCAUUUUCUGAGUAGCUUGCAAAGCAGAAAUGGAAGUUCUUCUCCAAGGCCAUUUCAGUGUAAUUUUGGCGCUGCUUUUUCUGUGUUGCUUUUCUGUAGAAGCUACUAAACCAGAAGACACGUUUCUCAUGUUUCAGAUAGUGGUGUAGGGCUUGCUCUCUCCUCCUUGGGGUGCAUCAGUGCCGACAGAGGAGCUCCAGCACUUGUUAGUGUUCAUUGACAGCUCCAUUUUUUUUUUUUUUAAUUUUAUUGUCAUCUACCUCAGAGAUGAAAAACUUUGCUUGAUUUAAAAAAAAAAAUCUCUGAGUCUUAAAUAUUUGAAUGUGAAUGAUGCCUAAUAUUUCCUUUGAAUGGUAAUUUUUAAAUAGAUAACAAAGUAACAAAGACUAACAGAGAAAAGGUAAGGUCAUGUCUCGUUACAGUGCCUACCGCUCGAUUUCGAUGCCUUGCUUUAAGCUUAAGUUUCUGAAAGCAGACACAAUAUUCUGUUUUCUUUGAUUCUUGUAGUUUUUAGGUCACUUUAAAUGUUGAGAUUAAGCAACAUAAUGUAGGCCUCUCUCACCAGAAGAUUCAGCUCUGCCUUUUCUAACUUAAACUUGAAUGUGUGUACAUUUUGGUACUUUAUGUAUAUCUUGUGCUGUAUGAAGUGAUUUCCUGUACUGGUUUCUUUUGCCUUUACAAAGGGUCCAUUCUGGAGUGUACUGAAAAGUUUGAUGAUGUAUGUGACGGAUUUGAAUAUCGUGAGAAUCUCCAUCACUUCACAUAGGUGUUCUUACUUUUAAUUCAGGUGGUUCUCUGUUCAGAACAAACAUUUACUUACAUAAGCUAUUAGUCUGGUUUUGCACUGAAUUGAGGCCUAUAACCUUGUACAUUUCUCACUGGCUGCUUUAAUUUCUAUUGUUCUUACUUUCUCAAAAAAAUUGCCUCGUAAAAAAUGACUGUAAACACAUCGAUAUUGCAUUUUCUAUAUUAGCUGCAUUUCCUUUCUGUGAAGUACUUUUUUAUACUGUGAAACCUCACAUUUUAACAGUGCAGGGUGGUGGCCUGUUACUAGGAAAUCAUUCAAGCUCAUUUGCUGCAAGCAGUGAGAUGGUUUUGUAGUGUAUAAUUUUUUUAGAGUGAGUUGGUAAUAGAUAUCGAUUGGACUAUUGUCCACUGCGUACACAGUGAUAACUUGAAUUUUUGCUUGGAUUCCCAAGCAAUUGCUUCUGUUAAACCCUUUUAACCCUAUUAUGUUAAAUAUGGGAUUUUCAGCUUACCAAGUAUGUUGACUACUCUGAAUGCCAUAUGCUUUUCUGCAGAGGUAAGUUAAUCAUCUUCCUCUUCAAUGAGUCGCCUACCGUAUGUCUUCAUCAGAGAUGUGGUAGGAAGUUUUUUUAUUCAGUAUUUCAUAUGCAUGAUGAGUUACAAAGGUUGGAUUGUAAGGUCGGAAUUUUUAUCCAGAUCAUUUCUUCUGGAAUGGGAGGAGAAGGAAUCGCUCACGAGGACAAGAAACCCCCAAGUUCCCACGUGCAGGUUGUUCACGACCUUUGAGGUUGGACAGUGAUAGCCAGCCUUUGCAGAGGAGGAAGGGGACAGCUUCCCUCAGCUUUUGCAUAUUCAAGGGCCAUCAGGGACCUUGAAACAGCAACCCCAGGGCACAGUCCCAUCCAAAAGAUCUCAGUGUGUGCAGUAAUUCUUAGACCUCACAGCAUGAAGCUCUUCCUUCUCAUAGCCCCUCUUGAAUUCUGGGGUGCCUCUGACAGAGGGCACGGUGCACAUCACCACAGUCCAUCCUGUCGGGAUUCUGUCCUGGGAAGCAGGCAGGCCCUGCCCUACAGCCCACUCUGGCCAUGCAGGUUUUGGGCUGUGAGCAUGGCCCAGGGACACAGCUGUCACAGUUGGCCAUGUGGUGGUGUGCCCAUCUGACACUGCUUUCCCAGCCUUCUCCGAGAUCAGCAUGUAGGUUUCAUAUCCAGAAAGAGUCCUUUCUACUGUUUCUUUCACUAAUUCUGGGACCAAUCUCUUACCCUAUGAGCAAGUGGGGUUAGGGACUCCUUUUGUAGGAAAUUUUUGUAUAUCUGUAGAUACAGUACUUGAGAGGCCUCAGAUCUCCUGGUCUGUACCUGCCUCACCAAAUCACACUGAGAACAAACAAAAAACCUCAUAUCUCUUCUCUCCCAGAGAUCAGGAAAACACCUUUUUAGGUGAGCAAGCCAUGCUCUUACGCACUAUUCUUUUAAAUACAUGGAUGUUUAUUCUCUCAGAGCCAUCUCCCUUUUCCCUCGUGCUGCUCGGAUCAGUGAGUGCUCAUGGAACUGGACAGGCAAAGCUCUGCUGCCCCAGAGUGAAAUUCAUGUGAUGUCUGUAAGAGGUGCCUGGGUGCAGCGCUGGCUGAGCGAGGCACUCAGUGUCUGUACAGGGACUUGAAAAAGGGGCUGAUCACGAGGGAGGGAGCAGUAGGUGAGCAGUUUGUGUCCCUGCACAGAAGAUGCUUGACAUGAUAAAUGUAAUUUCUUAUAAAAUAUUUCUCCCUAAAGUGAAAAAAGUACUGGAAAAAAUGCUGUUCCUCUGUCUUAUUUUACCCAACAAACUACUUUAAGUAUGUUUAUAAUUUACAUUACUUCCUGAAUUCAAUUUAAAAAUGGGGUUUUUUAAGUAAUUUUCUUUCUCCUGACCUCAGCAAUGGUAACUUCCUCAGCGUAUCGUGGUUUUUAUACUACUGGAGAAGGCUUCUCAUGUACAGGAUUUGGUUGUGCAGUUAGAAGUGCACUGUUAGCAGAAUUUGAAGCACAUCUCUUUUUUUGUUGUUGUUUUUAAAUACAGUAUUAUUUUUUUUUAAAUCAGUGUACCUGAGGGAUCAGGGCAUGGACUGCUUCUUACCUUGUGGACUACUCCUGCCUUUUUGGUAGGGAAAGGUGAGGGCUACUCUGUUAAGGGCAGUCUGGACAGUGCCAGGUUUGGGGUUUCCCCAUGAGCCAUUAUCACCCCCCAUUUCUGUUGUGCCAUCCCGAGCCGGUGCUUUGUUCUUGGCAUCUCCACCCUUCCUCCCCUCCUCUUCCUGGCCAUCCCAUCCCUGCAGUGCUCUCCCAGCCUGUGUGGGAGGCACUGGGUUACCAUUCCCAAGCCAGCGAGGAGGGAGCAAUUAAUGAGCUUAAAGAGUUUGGCAACUUUGUACUUCUGACCAAGCAAACGAUCAAGUUGAGCCUUUGCUGCCGCCGGGCACCUGCGCUGCCCUCCCUCCGCACUCUCGUGUCCGUGGCUUGCUCCUCUCCAACAGCCACGCCCCAGGCCUUGUGGCUGACAAAGCUGUGUAGCCUUGGCUGUGCUGUAUCUUUUUGUCAUGUGUUUGGUUACUGAAGCAAACUUACUUAUAUCCUAUAGCUGAAGUUAUAAGGUGCAUUGGGAAUGCUGAUGUUUUUAUUACGUGCCGUCGGUGUAGCUUUGCUGGCACUCUGGCUUCCAGUUUCCAGAAUUUCACAGGUGGUGGAUUUCUUGUUUCUUUUGUGUUUUUUUAAGCUGGAAAUAAAGCCGUGAUUUCUGAUCAAACUGUUGCAAACACAGUGUUUCUUGAAACGGAAUCUUUUGGGGUUUAAACUAAGGGAGCAAGAAACUGCAAAUAGUGAUGGUCUGGGUGAGUUAUUUCAAGGAGCAGACAUGUAGACUGAGAAGAUUUUAGCUAUGAAAAUAUUUAUAUUCAUUUAUUCAGACAAGAAAUCCUGUUUAACAAGAGGGAUUCCAUCACAUUACUUGUGCAAGUGCUACUGGCAGUACUACAGUGAUGCUUUAACCAGAUAGUUCCAUUUGUAGCUUUGUUGCCUUUUCUUUUCUUUUGAAGUGCAGUAUGAAACUGUAAAUACUUCUUGCAGAACUGCCUUUUUAACUCUUAAUUACUUUUGGCACAGUGUUAAAUAGUGUUGGAUUUACCCAAUUGCUAUGACAUAUAUUUUUAUACAUAGGUGUACUCUUUUUUCGAGAAUAAUACAGCCAUUUUGUCAUUAAUGCCUUAUUGGUGUCAUACUGCUGUUGCUCUUUGUUUGCAAGGUAUCGAGUGGACUAGUUUCUAGUUCAGAUAUUUUCACUUUUUCUGGCAGUGCUCAAGUUUGGCUUCAGGUGAUUUUUGCCAGAGUCCCAUUUUUCACAGUUGUUAACUGUGAGUAGAAGAAGAGAAUAUGGGCUUGGGUUUGUUGCUGUUAAUGGAGCAAAGAAAAGGUGAUGGCAUCUAAUUGUCUUUAAAAGGUCAGUCUUUUCCAGAGUGCAUUUCAUGAAACUGAUGACUGUGGGCACUGAUUACUUUGUGUAGAUUAAUGGUAUUUAAAAAAAAAAGAAAAAAAGGAGAGAAAAGAAAGAAAAAGAAAACAACUCCAAAAAUGGGCUUCUGCCAUUGUUAGGCACUUGGUUACGUAUCUGUUUAAACUCUUCAUAUUGAUGUGAAAUUGUGCUGUGGAUAAAGUGUAUUUUGUACUUCUGAAUGUUCUAUAUUUAUGACUAACAAGUACAGAAUCAGUUGUGUGUAUGUAUAACUAAUAACUGCCUUUUUAAAUUUCAUUAAAAUAAAAAUGUCAUGAGCUGUUGUUAA